UUUUUUAACUCCUUUCCUCUUCUCCCUCCACUUCGAUCGAAUACCUACUCAUUCCUCGAAGCCCCUCCUAUGGGAUCCCCGGAGGCAAAACUCUAACGGUCUUGAUCUUACCCCUCCGUCGAUUCCCAGGGACUGGCACCGGUGAUGAAGCGGAGCAAGAGCGUGGAGUCACUUCACGGCCGGCGCUGGAGACUCUCCCACCUUCUUCUCGUCGCCGCCGCACUCUACCUUUUCUUCAUCGCCUUAAAGUUCCGCCACUUCCUGGAGGUUCCAUACGUCGUCAGCGACGACGGCAGCGUCUCCGGGGGACUCGACCGGCCGCUCGAUGGCGUCGCUGACGUCGGGCGGAGCUUGUUUGGGUCGGCCUACCAUGGCGGCGCCCACCAACGGAAGCUGGAGGAUGGGCGGACCCUGGACGCUCCCCGGGUGCCCCACGGCAUGGACCCACUCGUACUCCGCGCCCGGCAGUCUGGUUCCUUUGACGCGGGCUACGGCCGGAUCACCGGCGAGAUAAUGAAGCGUUACCUGCGGGGCGGGGGCCGGCAACGGAGGGGCAAUUUCUCAGUGUUGGAGGGAAUGGCGCAGGAGGCGUGGGCGCUGGGCCUCAAGGCUUGGGAGGAGCUGGGGAACUACCGUUCCGGGGCCGAAAUGAUCCCUGCCACAGUGGUCCAGAUUAAGCCCGAGUCUUGCCCCUCGUCGAUCACCGGGCCUGAGACGGUGGCAGAAAGUGAGCGAGCGAUGUUUCUUCCCUGUGGAUUGGCCGUAGGGUCAUCGAUCACGGUGGUCGGCACACCGCAAGAUGCCCAUCAGGAGUAUGUGCCUCAGCUUGCGAGGUUGAGGCAGGGGAAUGAUACUGUGAUGGUGUCACAGUUCGUGUUGGAGCUGCAGGGGCUUAAGUCGGCGGACAGUGAAGACCCGCCCAAGAUUCUGCACUUGAAUCCGAGGCUGAAGGGAGACUGGAGCCAGGUUCCCAUCAUCGAGCACAAUACGUGCUACCGGAUGCAGUGGAGCAAGGCUCUACGCUGCGAUGGGGUGCCUUCUAAGGAGGAUGAAGAAACAGUUGAUGGUUUUAUCAAAUGUGAGAAGUGGGAGCAUGUUGAUUCUGUUGAUUCAAAGGAGACAAAGACCACUUCUUGGUUGAAGCGAUUCGUUGGUCGUGCAAAGAAGCCAGAAAUGACAUGGCCUUUUCCAUUUGCUGAAGGCAAGCUGUUUGUUCUGACAAUUCAGGCUGGUGUCGAAGGAUAUCACAUUUAUGUAGGGGGGCGGCAUGUAUCUUCUUUCCCAUAUCGAAUGGGAUUUACCCUUGAAGAUGCAACAGGUUUAACAAUUAAGGGAGAUGUGGACAUACACUCGGUAUAUGCUACUUCUCUUCCAACUUCUCACCCCAGUUUCUCAGCUCAACAUGUACUGGAGAUGUCAGAAAGAUGGAAAUCCCCUCCUCUGCCACAAAAUCCAGUUCAACUUUUUGUUGGUAUUAUAUCAGCUACAGGUCAUUUUGCUGAGCGCAUGGCUGUUCGGAAAACGUGGAUGCAGUAUCCUGCACUGCACUCGUCAAGUGCAAUAGCCCAUUUCUUUGUUGCACUGAGUCCAAAGAAGGAGCUAAAUGCAGCAUUGAAGAGAGAGGCGGAGUAUUUUAAAGAUAUUGUGAUUUUGCCAUUCAUGGAUCAUUAUGAUUUAGUGGUUCUUAAAACGAUUGCAAUUUGUGAGUUUGGGGUUCACAAUUUGACUGCAGCAUAUAUUAUGAAAUGUGAUGAUGAUACAUUUGUUAGGGUGGAUGUAAUACUGAGAAUGAUCGAAACAGAUGCUUCUAAUUCAUCUCUUUAUAUGGGUAAUCUAAACGUCUUGCAUAGACCACUCAGGAGUGGAAAAUGGGCAGUCACGUAUGAGGAAUGGCCAGAAGAGAUAUAUCCUCCAUAUGCUGAUGGGCCUGGAUACAUAAUCUCAAAGGACAUCGCCAGAUAUGUUGUAUCCCAACAUGCCAACCAUAGCUUAAGACUAUUCAAGAUGGAAGAUGUAAGCAUGGGUAUGUGGGUUGAAGAGUUCAACACCACCACAACCACCACCAUUCAGUAUUCCCACAGCUGGAAGUUCUGCCAGUCUGGAUGCAUGGAAAACUAUUUUACGGCACAUUACCAGUCACCCAGGCAAAUGAUAUGCUUAUGGGAAAAAUUGUCACACGGUCGAGCUCAGUGCUGCAACUUUAGAUGACAAGGUGAUGUUCACCAUCUGAUUUCUUAUUGAUUCUUCAGUGCAAUUUUCUAGGGGGAUACUAAAUUUGGGUGAUUCAAGAUGGAAGAUGUAAGCAUGGGUAUGUGGGUUGAAGAGUUCAACACCAUUAUCACCACCACCACCACCACCACCAUCACCACAGCUGGAAGCUCUGCCAGUAUGGAUGCAUGAAAAACCAUUUUACGGCACAUUACCAGUCACCCAGGCAAAUGAUAUGCUCAUGGGAAAAUUUGUCACACGGUCGAGCUCAGUGCUGCAACUUUAGAUGACAAGGUGACGUUCAUUUCUUGUUGAUUCUUCAGUGCUGAUUCUUCAGUGCAAUUUUUAUCGGGGGAUACCAAAUUUGGGUGUGAUUUUGCUGGAACCACAUUGCCCCCUAGUUGUAAAAGUAAUGUAAAUCUAUUUUGAUUUUUCAACAGAUCCUCCACAUUUAGUUUGUUACAUAGGAAGCAUAAAGAUCAAACGAGGAUCAUUACAUGACAUAACUUUUUCUGAUAAUUUCUUUCGUGCGUAUCUUCUUUCUUUCA